AUUGACUUCGCACAUUGUAGCCAUGUGGGGAAUCGAAGGGGGAUGUACGCUUUAACCACUCGGCUACCAUGGGUAUGGUGCUUACAUACCUAUGACCAUGGCGAAUAGGGCUCUAUGUUCGAUGACGGAUACAAAUAAUAGCGACCAUACGGUCUCCAUGGUCAUAAGAAACGACAGUCGAUUGUACGAUUCCGACUAUAUCAUACGAAUGUGUCUGUGUAUCAGUUUCAAUUAGUGCUGAUGCCAGGUGCUCGCGAAAAAGGUGAGCGUAUCCUGCCCCACAUGUGGCACCCGUCAAAAACACAUGCAAAGGCAAGCCAAAAGAAUUCACCUGAGCAAAUCUGAUGCAAGCCAAAAUUGGGAAUUGCAUCGGACAUCAAUUUGGUUCCUGGUGCAUCGAAUUUGGAAAAGACCUUCACAUGUCUUUUGAAAGCGUUACUCUAUUCAUUGCGUUACCUUGUUCGAACAACUUUGAAGCAUGAGUCGUACGACGCCCUCUGAAAUCUUCGUACAAAGACCAUUGUACACCAAAGACUGGAAGUGAUGGAAUAUUGCUCAACAUAAAGGGUAAGUUGACUAUUGGAAAGUUGAAGUCAUCCCUCUCUCUUGUCAUACAGUCUCGUGGAGAGUUUGCGUCGCUCUGAAUCUUGAUCUAAAUAUGAAACAGAUGAGGCGGUCUCACUGUGGCCAAGUUUUUAAAAAAUAUUUUGGCAAUUCCGAUUCAUACGCAUAACAUGAGAAAACAUACAACUUCAUGGAUAAUAACUUUUGGGUUAGUAUAUUUAGCGACGUUUCGAUGAGGAUUCUGACACGGUUUUCUGACGGUGUCAUUACUAUCGGAGAAGGGAUGAUACCAGGCGUUGACGAAAGGGUGAGUGUCUCCUGCUCGACUUCAUUAUUAACAUUGUGUUUUAUUACGGUUUUAUUUGUAUGGUUUCUUAAUCUCACCAUUCAUUUACUGUUAUACAAGCGUUUAUUUAAAUUUAUUAAAUUAAAUUAUAUUGGUUUUAGUCAAUCAGACGUCUUUAGAAGAAUACGGCACACGUAGUUUAACAGUCGGGGUCAUCACAGAUUUUCAGAGAUCCAUUCAAUAAUUUUCACCACUCUUUUCCUUUUACCUCUAAUGCAUGAAGAAUCUGAUUUGGCACAUAAUCGAGACUGAUUAUUCUCCUGGCGUGUUAUGUUUAACUUUGCACAGUGGUAAUCGGACAAGUCCCACUUCAUCAGUGCUAACGUUUGUAUUCCUUGAGUAUUAUUGUCCCAUUGUAGCGUUUUCCCUCCGUGUGGUGAACCGGAAGUAAGAGAUGACAGGAUGAAAGUGAAGUCGUGUACUGAUAUGUCCGGGUUGAGAAUAGGAUAUGAUCACCUCCUGCAUGUUUCACCAAACAUGUCUGUGGAGUUGAGGCUCAACGUAAACAUCAGUGUCAUUCAAAACGACCCUGACCUAUAUCUUCGUCACUAUGACAACAAAUACGCCCUACAGGCCUUGUCCGCCAUCUUGUUUCUUGCCAUCUUGAUGCUGGUUGGAUUCGUGGGGAAUUCCCUCGUCUUCUAUGUGUAUCUUGUGAAAUUUAAACAGAGUUCCACCCGAUGCUUUAUUGUAGCAUUGACAACCUUUGACCUUAUUACGUGUAUGAUUUGCAUUCCCACUGAGAUAAAAGAUAUAAGGCAUCACCACACAUUUGGGCUGUAUAAACUGUGUAAGAUAUUGCGAAUCCUUGUAACGUUCUCAGCUAAUGCUUCAGCGUCUAUACUAGUAGCCAUUGUUGUGGACAGGUUCAGGAAAAUAUGCCGACCGGUUAAAAAACAGAUGACACCUUUGAUUGCAAAGGUUACGAUUACCGUGUGUUCGCUCAUGAGUGUCGUCGUGUCAUUGCCCGGUGCUAUCAUCUAUGGCUCUAGAGUAGUUGCAACAGAUGACAUCAAUAUUAACGGUUCAGACUGCUCUACGUCAGACGACUACAUCAGGACGCCCUACCCUCUCAUCUUCAAUGGAGUCCAGUUUUUCAUCUUCAUCUCCUCAACACUCAGUCUCUCUGUACUCUAUGGUCUAAUAUGGCGGCGGGUUGCCCGGCAACGGAGACGAAUGAAAGCCGUCAAUAAAACUAAACAAAAACUGGAAAAGGAUGACAGACAGGAAAUGGUACCAACUCAGAACAAUACAUCAUCGUCAGAUGUCCAACAUCCGCCAAUUACAGGUGAAACAAACCUGUCAUGUUCCGAGAGAAGUGAUUCCAACCUUCCUACAGUUACAUCAGAACGCAUAACAGAUCCAUGUCCAGACGCCCCUGAACUCAUAACAUCUGUAUCCCCACCGAGCAGCCAGCCCUCCAAGUGCGGAAGAAACAAAUUCCCCGCCAGCACAUCGUCACAACGUCCAAGAGGUCAGAAGACGACCUUCAUGCUGUUCCUCAUCACCCUGGUGUUUGUGCUGAGUUUCCUCCCGCAUCUGGGUCUGAUGGCAACCAGGGCUGUCAACAAACACGUGUUUGACCACCUUCCAGGAGCUGGGAUAGCAGCUAACAAUAUUUUUCUGAGAUCGUACUUCAUCAACAGUGUCUCCAAUCCUAUCAUUUACAGCUUCUGUAAUGAUCGGUUCCGCCGGGAAGUGACACUGCUAUGGAAGAAUAGGUGAAUAGAGACAAAAGCUGAAGAAUAUGUCGGAAUUGUAAAAACUAUAGGCAGGCUGGUAAAAGAGAUAUCAGAGCCAAGAUACAUUAAGCCAUUAUCGCAAUGUACACUGCUUAGUAAGCCGUUGAGGAAACACUGAAGACAAUUAGCUGACAAAUACAUGUAUAUGUGUGGUUAUCACCUAUCACAAAAAAACAAUGAUUUGAUACAUCGUGAGCGAUUAUGAAACGAUUUGCAACCAAGUGAAUCGCUGUUUGAUAGCAGAUUUGUCAGAAAACGCUCUUUGGAAGCCAUAUGUUUGUCUUGUGUGGGAAAGCUUACCAUUACUAUACUUAUAGAACAGUUCC